AUGGCGGCGGCCGUAAGGAUGCGAAAGCUGACAAUCAUGCCUGCAGGGCUGAUAUUUGCAUCUGUAAGUGUGCACGCAGCCAAAGAAGAGGAAUCCAAAAAGCAGCUAAUGAAACCAGAGCAGCUCCCCAUAUAUACUCCACCACCUCUUCAAUCUAAAUAUAUUGAAGAGCAGCCUGGUAAAUUACAAAUGGGCUUUGCCUCCAUCCGCACUACAACUGGUCGUUACAUUGGCUGGUGCAAGGGUGUUUAUGUAUUUGUGAAAAAUGGGAUAAUGGAUACAGUUCAAUUUGGAAAAGAUGCAUAUGUUUAUCUGAAGAAUCCACCACGAGAUUUUCUUCCAAAAGUUGGAGUGAUUACAGUUUCAGGAUUAGCAGGCUUGGUUUCAGCAAGAAAAGGUUCUAGAUUUAAGAAAAUUGCUUAUCCAUUGGGAUUGGCCACUUUAGGAGCAACUGUUUGUUACCCAGUUCAGUCCGUAAUAAUUGCAAAGGUCGCUGGGAAAAAGGCAUAUGCUACAAGUCAAAACAUUUAUGAAGCAGUUAAAUCACUGUGGACAAAAAACAACAAAAAGGAGUCACUUCCUGAACCUAAAGAAAAAAUUAAGCUAGAAAGCUCUGCUGAAAUAGAAAUAUCUGCAAAAACAGCUCAGAACCCGAAGCACUCAGUGGGUUUGCCAACAGAACCCAGAUCUGAAAUGAAGACAAAAUCAGAAUUGACCUCAGGUGCUACACAGUUUAUACCUGACCCCAAGCUCAUGGAUCAUGGACAGUCCCAUCCAGAAGAUGUAGAUAUGUACAGCACUAGAAGCUGA